CAGGCGUGGUAGUUCCGAGGCCGCAGCCCCUUGGACGCGACUGGACCGAGUCAGUCAACAAGACGGACCGUGGAGCCGCGCAGGGAGGGGCCAGUAAUAUCGGGGAGAUGCUACUGGGAGGACCGGGGGCAGGGGGUCUGUAACCUGCGACAGAAGGACGAGACUGGGGCCUGUGGGCGCUGUUCACACUGCCAGCAAUGCCAACAGGGGCUGAGUGACAGGAGGCCAGCACUGUCACUGGGGGGGUCUCUGAGCCGAGCCCAUCCACCCUGCAUUGUCACAGGGGCCCUCAUAGUUGUAUCAGGGCCCUCCUCUUACUGAAGCUUUCUCAUUACUGUGUCAGGGGCCCCUCCUCAGGAGCCCAACCUCUCCUGCUGUCACAGGAGCUCACCCAGCAUUGGUAUUGGGGGCACUCUUAUCCUGACAUUUGGGGCCAACACUAGAAGCUUGCAGAUUUCAGUUAUAGAGUUCCACUUUAAGGGCCCCCAGGAGCCGUGAGGGAGGAGGAGGCGGCUUCCCAUCCAGCUCGCAUAACGCUGUUUCCGGGGGCCCCACGUCUAAAUGACCUGAGGCCACGAUCUCCCCUCCUCACCCCAGAGAUCAGCGGCCCCAGGAGCCUCACCUAAGGAGCGGAGCAGCAGAAAGGCUGGGGCCACAACCCAGGAGAAUCGUACACAGCCAGGGGCCACAUCCCGGGGGCCCUGUGCAGAGAGGAUCCGGGACAGGAUGGGGAGAGACAAAAGGGAUUCCAAGAGCAGCUGAUCCUGCCGGAGCCCCCGCCAUGAAUGGUAGCUUACCCUUGGAGGGUCCCUCCUCCUCUCCUUCACCAAACUGGAAGGAGUUCUGUGAGAUCCACGCUCACGCCGCUGCUCUCGACUUUGCCCGUCGCCUCCGGGCUUUCCUGAACGAGAAUCCACAGUACGCCACGCCAGGGGCCGAAAGCAGCUUCUCCAGACGGUUCGCCGAGCAUUUUGUGGAGCACUUUGAGACAGAGGUGAACAAGACCAAUGCGCCCGACGGCCCCUCCCCCACCCACUGCAGCAUUGCCCCGUUUACAGGAGCGCAGACCUCCACCAGGGAUCUGUCGGAGACGUGCAGCGACUCCUCUCUGGCCUCCCCUGUAGAGACUCAGCCCCGGCAGGACUCGUCCGGGAUCACUUCUGGUCUCUCCAGCAGUCAGUCCCACAGCUCGGAGGAAUUCUCCACAUCUUCUGCCACCGCCAAGCCUCGCCUGAAGAAGCGAUUCUCACUGCGCAACGUGAGCCGCAGCGUGCGGGGGAGCGUCAGGGGAAUCCUGCAGUGGAAAAGCUCAGCAGAGUCUCCCACGGACGAGACAGGGGCCAACAGCAACUGCAAUUCCUCAGCCGGCGGCAGGGCCGGAGGAGAUAGAUGGAUGCAUAGAUUUGAGAAGCUGCGGCUCAGCCGGCCUCCAGCACCCCGGGCCGACCUGCGGGAUGUCAAGAGGGAAGGGGUCCUCAAUUAUGUGGUGGCUGAGGAGGUCAACAGCAGCAGCAAACCCCGGUGGCAGAAGUGCCGGCUUCUCCUGCGGAAGGCCGAGACUGAGGGCUACCUACUGGAGUUCUACAUUCCUCCCAAGGCCACCAAGCCACGGGUCAGCAUCCUCUGCUCAACUAUUGCUGACGUACGGACCACAACCCCUUUGGAGAUGCCUGAUAAAGAGAACACCUUUGUGCUGAAGACAGAGAAUUCCUCAGAAUAUAUCCUGGAGUCAGUCGACCCUCUGCAGAUGAGGUCAUGGCUCUCCGACAUAUAUGACUGCAUGUUAUCCAGAGUCUUUUACUUUUCCAGCAGGGACAGAGCUGACACCUCAGACCUUCCACACAUAAACCAUUCAGAAAGCAUGCCCAGCCGGGAUCUACCUCUGUUACCCACAGAGAGCAGUGAACAGCUCUGCCAAGGAGCCUAUGGCGGUCUGUCCGAUCGUCCCACUGUCUCCAUCUCACCCAGCGCUGUUUCCAUGACGCCCUCACACUUCGACUCUAUGGAGCUCCUCCCGCCAGAGCUGCCUCCUAGAGCCCCCAUCGAUGAGGGGGAGAGGACACAGAACCCUAUAAGUGCCCCCUUCCCUGAGAUAGCCGAUGGCACAGCUUCAUUCCUGUUCCAAGGAGAACCCGAUCCCGGUGAUGGCGAGCACCCGUUGUCAGAGUACCAAUGGUUCCAUGGCACCCUGUCACGUCUUAAAGCUGCACAGCUGGUACUGGCCGGAGGCACCAACAGUCAUGGUGUCUUCCUGGUCCGGCAGAGCGAGACGCGGAGAGGAGAGUAUGUGCUGACGUUCAACUUCCAGGGCAAGGCCAAGCACCUCCGCCUGUCCCUGAACGAGGACGGCCAGUGUCGAGUCCAGCACCUCUGGUUUCAGACCAUCUUCGACAUGCUAGAACAUUUUCGCGUCCACCCCAUCCCGCUGGAGUCCGGUGGCUCCAGCGACGUCACCCUCAUCAGUUACGUGGUGUCUUCUCAAAGGUUACACGGCCGAGACAGGGCUGACAGUAGAACAACCGUGUGUGAGGUUCCCCACCGCAUCCCAGACUCACCAUCAAACCCCAUCUCCAUUGGAGCGAAUGACUGUAUAGGCGGCCAGCAGCCGUAAUCCUCCCCCACUGCCUCCCCAUCCCUUAUCCCGUCAUCACAGCGCAGAGGGGAACCUGCAGCCUCCUUGGUAUCCACUGGGCACCUCUCCCCCUGAGGAGCCCCUGGCCAGCAGCAGCAGACCCCCUCCAGAGCCCCCCGUCACUCAACACGAGG